AUGUACUAUUUGAUGUUGAAGUUUUCAUUUGAUUGGACCCAUUUGAUUUCAGCAUAUUUCUUAUUGGCUUCAGCCACUGUUUUGAUCGCUAAACUCAUACCUGAUCUUCGCCAAUUGAUACGAUAUGGUAAGGUAGGUUUGCAAUCAUCCACAGCAGAACCUCGAUCGUAUUUUGCCAAACUUGUAGCUCUAGUCGCAAGUGUGAAGGUCCCCAAGACAUGGUUUGCUCACUUCUAUAUUGUUUUUGCUUUGCUACAAUGGGCACAGCUACUCUUGAUGCCGCACGCCGUCGUGAAUUCCAAUUAUCUGGUGGUUUGGCUUCUCUUGACUGCUCAAGCUUCAAGACGCUUGCUUGAAAGUCUUUUCUUGACAAAUUGGGGAUCUUCGUCGCAAAUGCAUAUAUCGCACUAUAUCGUGGGUCUUUUAUUCUAUGUUGGCAUCUCGUUGUUGUGCUACCUUGGACUCUCUGAAGGUGGUUCAUCCCAUUGGGAAUGGCUGGAGCUACGAAUAGUCGUUGCGUUUGUUCUUUUCUCUUUUGAUCAAUUCCAGAAUCACCAACACUUAGCUCUGUUGGUGAAAUAUUCAGUUCCUACGUUCCGUCUCUUUAAAGUGGUUUCUUGUGCUCAUUACUUGGAUGAGAUAAUUAUAUACUUGUUGGUUACUUCAGAAUCACUCACUAGAGGAGCCAAAUCAAGCACUUGUUACGCAUUUGUGACUGCCUGGACUUUUGCCGUCGUUAACUUGACGGUAAGCUCUUUGGAGACAAAAGCAUAUUAUGAGAUUAAGUUCGAUGACUACGAUGUCGAAUAUGCUAUUGUUCCAUAUGUGAUCUAA